UGUGGCGUGUCGGCCGCUGACGGGCGUGAGGAGGUGUGCUGGACCAAGCAGAGAGACGUUUGAAGCGCAUGGCGUGAGGAUGCUUUUUCGGAGCUGCGAGUUCUGGGACAAUUCGAGGGGGAUGUACUUUCGGAGGAGAGUUCCAGGCUGGUUGCUGAUCACAGCGUUGCUGCUUUACUGGGGGAUCGCCUCCACGGCGCUGGCAGAGAGCUGCACGUCCUCCCCGUGCCAAAACGGUGGCACCUGCGAGAGCGUGGGGGGGGGUUACGUGUGCCGCUGCCCGCAGGAGGAGCCGCGCUACACGGGCCGGGACUGCGGAGAGCUGUAUGACGCCUGCGCCUUCGUUGCCUGUCCCAACUGCACCAGCACGCCUGGCACAGACCUCUACUCUUGCCCGUGUCCGGUUGGUUCCCAUGGCGACGGCUGCCAGACCCCCAUCUCCAGCUGCUCUGGGGACCCCUGCCACAACAACGGCAGCUGCAGGGAGGUGGGCCACGGGUUCGAGUGCGUGUGCCCCCCCGGCUUCUGGGGGAUCUUCUGCGAACAGGAACUGAACGAGUGCCUGUCGGAGCCGUGCAGGAAUGGUGCCAUCUGUGUGGACGCCCAUGGCACCUACCAGUGCUUCUGCGUGCCUGGUUUCCAGGGCAACAACUGCGAGAUCGACAUUAACGAGUGCGCCUCGCGGCCCUGCGAGAACAACGGCACCUGCGUGAAUGGGAAGGACCGCUAUGAGUGCUUGUGUCCACCAGGGUUCACUGGAGUGAACUGUGAGGUGGACAUAGACGAGUGCGAGUCCAGCCCCUGCCAGAAUGGUGCCACCUGCUACGACAACGUGGACCUGUACAUCUGCGACUGCCUGCCGGGGUUCGCCGGCUGGAACUGCGAGAUCGACAUCGACGAGUGCACCAGUCAGCCCUGCCACAACCAGGGCCACUGCCUCGAUUUGGUGGACAGUUAUAAGUGUGACUGCAGUAACACCGGAUACACCGGCCUCUUCUGCGAAGAGGAAAUCCUGGAAUGCUUAUCGAACCCGUGUCAGAACAGCGCCACCUGUCAGGAGGAGGUCAAUGGCUACAAGUGUCUCUGCUGGCCAGGUUACGAGGGCGCGCACUGCGAGGUAGACGUCGACGAGUGCGCGGACGAGCCAUGCGUGAACGGCGGCACCUGCCUGGAGCGAUCGGACGCCUCCUGGUACCGUGACGGCGCUGGCUUCAGCUAUGCCACGGCGGAGGGCUACGACUGCAUCUGUCUGGCCGGAUUCACAGGGGAAACCUGCUCGGUGGACGUGGACGAAUGCCAGUCCCUGCCCUGUCUGAACGGAGGGACAUGCAUGGAUCUGACCGAUGCUUAUCAGUGCAUAUGUCCGCCUGGGUUCACAGGUGCGGACUGUCAGCUGGACAUCAACGAGUGCCUGAGCGAGCCAUGCCAGAACGGGGCAACCUGUCUGGACCUCCAUGCUGGCUACACCUGCCGGUGCCCCCGGCCCGAGCCCGGCCAGGCUCCCUGGGGUGGCACCCACUGCGAGGUGCUCUUAACCGGCUGCGAGGACCACCAAUGCCAGAACGGCGCCACCUGCUGGCCGCUCCUGGAAGGCGGGAGACACAGUUACGAGUGCAAGUGCCCACGAGGCCUAAGGGGCCAGCACUGUGAUGAGGUCACCACCUUCUCCUUGACCUCUGACCCAGUGUUUGUCUCGGUGGCCAGCCUGACAGCAGGCCCGGCUGAGGAUGCCCUGCGCUUCCGCACCACCCUCCCAGAUGGCAUCCUGCUCUACAGGGGCCACGAGGAUGGCCACAUCACCCUGGAGAUCGUGGGCGGCCACCUCAUCGCUCAGGCCCAUUACAGAGGUACAGUGCUGGCCCACGUCAGCCUGCUGGGCCGGGUCAAUGACGGGGAGUGGCACGGCGUCCGCAUGAGCGCCCAUGGGAACCUCACGCUGCUUCUGACCAGUCCGGUGUGCGAUGUCCGGCUCUGCCAAGCGGAGAGUGCUGAUGUUGGGGCCCUGGGGGUGUCGGCGUGGAUGGCCGUGGGCGGCACCCACCAGCACGUCCUGAACGGUACACAGAGCAGGGCGGGCUUUGUCGGCUGUAUGGAGGACCUGCAUGUCGCCUCGGCGCCUAUCCUUCCACGUCAGCUGCUGGGGAACGUGACGCAGGGCUGCCACCGCACAGAGUGGUGCCAUCCGAACCCAUGCUCUGGACGUGGGCGCUGCCACGACCUGUGGACCAGCUUUCGCUGUGCCUGUGACCGGCCCUUCCUUGGGGCCCGCUGCCAGGACGAGCACCCUUCGUGGACGUUCGGCCAUGAGGAUGAACUGAGCCACGCCAUAUUCCUCAUUCCCGCCGGCCGCGGAGCCAACUUCACCAUCUCAUUCCUUCUUCGUUCGCUGAAGCCGGACGGUUUGGUGUUCCAGCUGCGGCGGGGGGGCCUUGAGUACUUCACCUUGUUCCUGCAUGAUGGCGCAGUGCAGGUGGCCCCCUGGUGGCCGGCUUCCGCCCCCCGCAUUGUGGUCGCCACCGGGGAGUGGUGGCUGCUGGCCCUUGAGGUGUGGCACGGCACCGUGUCCCUGCAGGUGUCAGGCCACCCCGCCUGGGCUGGGACCCUCCCCGGGGGUAUGGGGGUGUCACUGGAGGCGGGGGACGUGGCUUUCGUUGGGGGCCUUCCUGCGGGGGGUGCCACGUCCUGGGGGGGGCACUUCAAGGGCUGCCUGCAGGACCUACGUCUGGGCGACGUGCAUCUGGACCCGCUGGACAUCACGCUUGAGGAAGCCGGUCUCGCCCGCUAUCCACCAAAUGGGACGAACGCCGUCCAGCUGGGCUGCAGGAGUGACGACGCCUGCCGGUCACAUACCACAGGGGUGGCGCUGUGCCAGAAUGGAGGGGUGUGUAUGGUCACCUGGAAUGACUUCAUCUGUGUCUGUCCCUCCAAUUUCACGGGGAAAAGGUGCGAGAGGCUGGUUUGGUGUAGCACUGACCCUUGCCCUCUAGGAAGCAGCUGUGUCGACCUCGACGAUGGAUAUGAAUGUCUUGCCGACGCCACGUUCGCCAGCGACUCCCUGGAGUACGAGGCUCACGGCUCCUCAGCCCUCUCUGUGACUGGUGUGUCCCUGAAUCUGCGGACACGCGAGGAAAUCGCCGUACUCCUGCGUGCCUCCACCAGGGGGGGCUUCUUCAGCAUGGCCCUGCUGAACUCGUCCCUGCUGGUGACAAUUCGUGCAGGGAACAGCCUGGAGACGCUGUCAUUGACCAGCCAGCAGCGAGUCUCGGACGGCACCUGGCACCAUGUGCUGGUCUCCAUGACUGACCAGGGGGGGGCGCCGUCUUCAUGGAGCAUCGUCGUGGAUGGCCAGCUCAGCGGCACCAGCCCCCACGCCUCUGACUGCCUAGGAUUGGUCAAUGAGACGUCCGUCUUGCUGGCUGAGAACUUCACGGGCUGUCUGCGGGAGGUGAGGGUGGGUGGGGUGUACCUGCCUUUCGCAGAUGGUCCGGAGCCCCCCCAGCAAAUGAAGUUCCUCAGGAAGGUGGGGGGGCAUGUCCAUCUGGGCUGCUCUGGCGCCCCCGUGUGCCUCUCCCAGCCGUGUCUGAACAACGGCACGUGUGAGGACCUCUUCAACCUGUUCGAGUGCACCUGCGCCCCGGGCUGGCAGGGCCGGCACUGCCAGGAGGACGUGGACGAGUGCGCCUCCUCCCCCUGCCUGCGGGGGGCGUGCCGUGACCUACCGGCCGCCUUCCACUGCGAGUGCCCCCCUGGCUAUGGGGGCGAUGCCUGUGAGGAGGACCUGGACGACUGCCAGGGGCAUCACUGCCAGAACGGGGCGACCUGCCAGGAUGGCAUGAACCACUACAGCUGUGUCUGCCCACUCAACUUCACCGGAACAUUCUGCCAGUGGAUGCACGCACUCCCACGGUGUGACGGUGACGUGCAGUGUGCAAACGGGGGCCUCUGUACCGACGGAGACUGGGGAGCCAACUGUACCUGCAGGCCGGGCUUCACGGGCGACAGGUGCGAGGAGGAGGUGGACGGCUGCCAGUCUGACCCUUGCCUGCACGGCGGUACCUGCCUCAGCCACACCGGCGGGUUCCAGUGCAGCUGCGUGCCUGGCUUCGUCGGACUGCGCUGCGAGACCAGAAAACAGGAGCACAUGGAAGGCAUCCCCCUGCUGAUGGUGGCCAUCCCCCUGGCCUGCUGCUGCCUCCUGCUGGCCGCCAUCGGCCUUGCCUUCGCCGUGCUCACAGCCCGUAAGAAGCGCCAGUCGGAGGGCACCUACAGUCCCAGCCAGCAGGAGGUGGCAGGGGCACGCCUGGAGAUGGACAGCGUGCUGAAGGUGCCCCCAGAGGAGCGCCUCAUCUGAGCCCCGGGGGGGGGGCGGGGGGGGCGUGACUCGGGCACUGCCUGCAGUAUGGACCUAUCGGUGCAGUCCAGCUGACAACUGGGGACUGGGGGGGACAUGCAUGGAGUGGGGCAUCUGAAGAAGUGGUUGAUCCCCCCCCAGCUCCAGAAAAGGAAGUGUACAGGAAAAUGGAACUGCUAUCAUGCUAAUCCUAACCCCCCCCCCCCUUUUUCAUGUGGGUGUAGGUGCUCUCUGCACCUUCUGCUCAGUUUCAAUGUCGUCCCACCCCCCCAAUCUGGUCCAGAACCAAUACGACAGUGGUCCAGCUAGUGAAUUCCCAUAAAGCACGUCCGCCUGUGCUGGCGUGCGGAUUCCCACGCCCCCGCCUCUGCCCCCCGCCC